AUGCCGAUUUCCACGGUGUCGUCCCAUGCUUCGGGUUCCUCGAAGAAGAACACGACGGCGGAGAACGGGCAUACGGAAGUCUCUCUGUGUUCCUGGCUCGCGACGCCGAAGUCUACCGCCUGCGUUGUCCGGGUCUUUGUCUUCCUUCCCCUUCCCAUCUUCUCCUACGCAUUUUCCUCUCAAUGGCUCUUCGUCGUCGACUUCGGCUCGGCUGUCUCCUCCCUCGCAGUCUUCAUCGUGUCCUUCCCCCCUGUCAACCCGCGUUCGCAGAGUCGCUUCGCGCGGUCGAAGCGGGUUCCGCGCUCUUCGUUCGUGUGGUUUCCUUCUUUCCUCGUCUGCACGUUUCUCCUUUUUCUCUCGGCCCCGUCGACCCGGGUUCCGCUUCUGUCUCCUGGCCGGCUCUGUCCGGUACAAGCUGCGUCCCCUUUGGAGCCCAAAGAGGCCCAGGCGCCGUCGUCCUCACCGACCGCGGUCGAAGCGACAGCGAGCCCAGCGGAAGGAGACACCCCGCAGGCUCUCCACGUGUCUCCUGCUGUGGCGACUGAACGCACGCGCGACGGGACGUUCCCGAGCUUCAGCGGAGGUCAAGAGAUCGGAAGCGAAGAAGGCGAAGAGGCGGAGACAGAAAGCCUGGACACUGGAGAGAAAGGCAACGCGAAACCCAUUCAGGGGCAGACUUCUGCCAUUCACUUGGGAAUGAAGGCGAAGCCUAGCCAGGAGACAAGGGACGCCUCGCCCUCGCUCGGAGCAGGAGACGGGGCCUUCUCUCAUUCGUUUCCGGCACAAACGGGCGACCGUCCGGGAGAGAGAAAUGUGAAGGAGAACGAAGGAGAAACGGGGGGAAGGAAGGAGGACGGGCGAUCUGUCAACGCGGACGACAGAAUGCAGAAAGGAGAGAUCCAUGAGAAGACGGCGGGAAGCGAGGAUCGACAGCAGAAGAAGAAAGAGGCGAACGAAGAAGGAGACUCAGAAGGCUUUGACGGAGGGAAAGCGGGACAGGGAGGUGGGGACGGAAACGUUUCGUCGUCUUCUGCGUCUCGAGAGGCGAACGGAGAAGGCGGGCACGAGCAAGACGGAAGCAUCGGGGCUGCCGAGUUCAAUGGCGUGGGUGACAGAGUCAAAGCCGAUGCGCCCACAGAGCCCGCGGGACAUGCUCGUGGAGAAGGACGGCAUGGAUGGCAGGCAGAAACGCAAGGCGAGGAAACAGAAAAGGAGACGGAACCACAGUACGGGAACGACGGAGAACGUGUGGAGGAAGAGGAAGUCGUUUCCAUUUCGUCGCCUUCUCUUGAGCAUCAGCACGAGGCACGAGACGGCGAGAGGGAAGAAACGGACGGCGUCCAGAUUUCAGAAGUGUCACUGAAAGAGAGCGAAACGCAACAGAGCGAGAAGGCAGAGGGACAACUUUUAGGACACACCGCUGGACGUGGAAGCGUUAGGGAAAGGUUCUCGUCUCCUGUGAGUGCGAUUCAGGAGCCCGGUGAGGCGCGAAGGGAAACGGGACCGCAGGACACAGAACAAGCAAACAAGGAAGAAACUGCAUGUGAAGUCGUCAACGCGCUCUUGUCUGCUGUCUCACCUUCCCCCUCUUCUCCGUACUCCUCUUCUUCUUCUCCCUCUUCUCUCUCUUUUUCUCUCUCUUCUUCUCCCUCUCCUUCUCCCUCUUCUUCUCCCUCUCCUUCUCCCUCUUCUUCUCCCUCUCCUUCUCCCUCUUCGCCUGCGUCUUCUUCUCCGGCCUUUUCUUCGAGGGGCACUAUCAGAGAAGGAAAUGCGACGCGUUCCUUCUCUCAUUCUCCCUGGCCUUCUGCGCCGUCGUCCUCUGUUUCUGCGUUGGGUUGUCAGCCUGCCGAUGUCUGUUUCGUUUCUUUUCACGGGGUGUUCUCUCUUUCUUCUCCGUGCUCUCUGAGGGACGUGGCCGCCGCACACGAGCAGCCUGAGGGGGAACCAGCAGAACGACGCCAGGCUUAUGAACGGAGACAGAAAGGCGAAGAAGGCAGAGAGGAAGGAAGAGGAGCAAGGAAGAUUUUUUCGAGAGCUCUCGGGUUGAUUUCGUCCUUGACGAAUCUUCUCUCCGCUGGCAGGUCUUCUCUCGCGGCUUCGCCGUCGCCGCCCAGCCCUGCGGGGUCUUCAGCCUCGCCUUCUUCCACACGUGCCCCAGAGGCCAGCUUGUCUUCUGUCGCAUCUCCUUUCUCCCCGCGACUCCCUUGUUCUCUUCCGGACGUCGGCGCAGGCGCAAGUCCCGCGGCUCCUCGCUGCAGCUGUGACCCGGCGCCUGGGAGGAUCCCCCAGAGGUCUCCUGUGGACUCGCAAUCUCACCAAGGCGCGUGUUCUCUGUCUUCUCCCUUUCUCUGCGCUGACACACGGACGUCGACCGCGGGGGUCGGCGACUCUUUGCAGGCGACCGCUGCGUCUCGCGCCUUUUUUCUUCCUGGUCGCCCUCUUACAACCGAGUUGAGAUGCUGCAGAGAUGCAGCAGACAGCCGUCCUGUUUCUGCAUGCGCUUCCCCAUUUGUGUGCCUUCCUGUCCCUCGCUCACCUGUGCGAGAGAGAGAGAUUGACGCGUGCCCAGUCUUCGCCUCCGGCAGCCAAGCUUUGUUCGGCUCUGCAUCCUCCUGCGCUGCGCCGUCGGAACAGAGAGAAGAAGAAGAGAGACGCAUCGGAGAAGGGGGCUUAGUGAGCGAGUGUUCCUCGUUCCGCUCAGAUAGCUCCUUUCCCUGCAGCCGCCUAGCUGACUCUUUCGCGAGAGACGGAGAGAAGAACUCGGCGCCGAGGACGGUCGAGGCAGAUGCGAAAGGCACUGAAGAUCCCAGCCGUCGCUCGCCGUCUGAUCAUGCGACCGCCGGCGUGUCUCCAGCUGGUGAGUGCCGACGCCGCCGGGGUGCGGAUUUUUCUUUCUUCUCCGCCUGCAUGUGCGAUACCUCGGAGGAAGGCGGAGCACAGAACGGAGACUCCUGCCGCCUCGCAGGGAUCGCGUCUCGCGAUGCAGAACCCCAGCGAGAGGCGACAGAGUGUGCAGAAGGCGAUGGAGAGAUGGAGGGAAGAGGAGGCCGAAAGCGAACUCCAGAAGAAAGGGGAGGCAACGAAGGAGACCGCUUUCCUGUUCAGGCGAGGCGCGGGCGUGGCGGCUUGGACUGGGCGCUUACGUCCAGCACGCCCUCGACUCAAGAGCAGAUGCGAGACAGCCCGCAAGACGGGAAGGAAGCCGUGGGGGAGAAUGAGGAGGAUGGGUCUAGAGCGAGUCAAGGAAGAGAGGCCGUCGCGACGGAAGGAUGCGGAGAGUCUGUCCGUGGGGAAGCCGCAGGCGCUGAGAACGCGACAACUCAGGGAGGAGACAGUGUUCCGGGAGAGGAAGGGGGAACGCAGCUACACGAGGUCGUCGCCGGAGAGAAAUGGAAAAGCGUACGUGGUCUAUGGUCGCCGUCCGCUCUCCUCCUUCGCCGUUGCCUUCCUCUGUCAGUUCGGCGCCUGGUCCUUGCUCCUCUCAAGGCCUUGAGGCGGCGCAUGCAGCGCCCGCUUCGUUUCCCGCUUUCUCGCGGACUGGCUGGAGCAGGCGCGCCUCGCGAGCCGCAACGCGGAGACGGAUCGCAGCCUCUCCGGGAGACAGGCGAAGAGCUAGAGAAGGCAGAGGAGGACCAGGAGACGCCGGCAGCUUCUCCGGGCGAUUCCGACACGGGCCCAGAAGGACAGCUGGAAGGCGACGGCGAGUCGGCAGGCGAGUCGGCAGACGCGUCUGGUGGCGAAGGCACGUUCCCAAAGCCGGCAGCGCCGAGGCUCGACAGCGCGGGCGCCUCUUUGUCCGACACGCGAAGCGAGGCUGAGAACGCCCCGGAAUCCGAGGCCGUCCCGCGGUCUCGCCCUACACCUUGCGCAUCCGCGGCGUGCGCCCCUGAGGUCCGUUCGCGCCCUGCGAAGGCGGAGUUGUCGCUCAACGGUCGGCCCUUCUUGCGCGGGAGAGCGUACGAGGCCGAGGCGCAGAAGCUGAAGUUCGACUUCGCGUCGGUGGAUGCGGGCGCUCGGAUCGUGGCGAGCAGUCGCGGCGUCACCAACAUCAAAUCGGUGCAACGAAACGACCUCGACUCCUACAUGUUGGUCCCCUGUCAGUUGCAGCCAAAGUUCUUCGUGAUCUCCUUCACGGAACCGAUUCACGUGGAGCAAGUGGCGGUGGCGAGCAUGGAGAUCUAUGCCUCGGCCUUCCGCCACAUCCAGCUGCUGGGCUCCGACGUGUACCCGACGAAGCAGUGGCGCCUCCUGGCGAAUCUCGAGACGAAUCCACGCGAGGCGCAAGAGAUCUUCGACGUGAAGCGAGAGUGCGCUGCGCUCCACGGCGGCCAGGCCUGCUGGGCAAAGUACCUGAAAGUCCGUCUCCUCUCCUACCACGUGGUGGAGGCCCAGUACUACUACUGCUCCCUCACCUCGUUCCACGUCUUUGGAUCUACCGGGUUCCAAAUGCUCGAGUCCCACAUCCACAACGAAGGCAGCCCCGAUGCAGAGGCCUCGCACGGCGCGGCCGAGGCAGAGGGCGGAGACAGUGGGGACAGUGGGGACAGUGGAGACGCGGGGUCCUCUGGGGAGGCCCGGGGAGGAGAGGGAAGAGAAGGUGGAGGCGUCGGCGCGUCGAGUUCCGGCGAGAGGCAAACGGAGGCAGGCGGAAGGUCGAGAGAUGCAGAGAAGGAACCAGACGAUGGGCACGGGGAAGGAGCGGACGAGGAGCGAGGGCGAGGCGAGUCGGGAGAAGGGUUCAUGAGGACGAGGGACGGAGUGGCAGGGAACGAAGGGGAUCGAGAAGAAAAGAGGAGAGGAAGUGGAGACGAAGGAGGGAGAAUCGGAACGAGCUCCGAGGAUCUGGAAACAGGGAUCGCUGCGGCCUCUCCUGAGUUAUUACGGGAUCGAGGCGAGGCUGCGCCGUCGCCGCAGGAGCGAAAACCGACGCCCGAAGAAGACGACGAAGUUGAAGAGGAAAGAAGUCGAGGCUGGGCAGAACAAACUCCUCAUGGGAGAGAGAAAGUCGACAGCUCUUCUGCAGCCGCUGAGGUCCUGGGAUCGGCAGAGACCGGACUGUCUCCGUCGGCUGCCUCGCGACCGUCUGUGCUCUCCCCGACGUCGGUGGAAGAACAGGAAGCAGAUGCGCCGAAGACGCCGAAGGCCACGCAAGAGGAGGCGCCUUCAGUCGGUCGUGCAGAAGGCAUCUAUAGCCAGGGCCAAGGCAAGAACGGAGAAGAAGAAGCAGGGGCUGUUCGCCGGUUGCCAGACAGCCAGGGGGGGGACAUGGGUGGCGAGGGCGGCAACGAGGGGACGCGCAGUGAAGCGAGUGGAAAGGCCGGGAAUCGCCCCAGUUCUGGAGACAUGCGAGCGGAGAGGGAAGAAGAGGUCGAAGGGGAAAGGGGACACAGGCGAGAGCAAGACGGCGAGGGAACGGAGGGAAGAGAGCGCGAACCUUCUCGAAAACAAGAUCAGGAAGAACACGUGAACAAAGAGAGAAGACGUCCUUCCUUUUCCCCAGCGUCCCCGGAGGAAGGCACCUCAGGCGCUUCGAGGACAGGAACGGAGGCGUCUGCGCCUCCCUCGAGUUCGACGGCUGAGUUUUCGCCCGCCGCGGCAAGUGAGGAACAACGAGAAGCCGAGCGAACGGCACAUUCGGGGCCAUAUCUGGGACAUCUGGGCACAGUCGACAAGAAGGACGGGAAACAGGAUGAGAAAGAACCAGGCCCUGUCGGUAUCGACGGCCACCGACAAUCGGAGACGCGCGGCUCGGGUGCGGGUGCUCACGAGGAGACAGCGGAUGCGCGACGAGACAAAGGAGAGCAGCGGGGACACGAGCGAGGAGAAGAACAGCGUCCGGCAGACCAGAUGCAUGCAGACCCUCUGGGGCCCAGCCACGCGCCAAAAACACCGGAACCGCGUGCUGUUCCUUGCUCGAACUGUGAGGAAGAGCAAAGCUCGCGUCCUCGAGCGCCACGGGCGUCUGCAGGGGCCGACAGAGGCGGGGACCAAGGCUCGCGGCUGAGGUCGGAGACUCCCCGAGCGGACGAGGGCACCCCCGCUUCCAGGAAAAAGCCCAGUCCGGCUCCGCCUCCGUCGCCUCAGGGGCUGGCAGCGAGAGAGAGCGAAGCGGAGACCGAGAGGGAAGGGCUGCUUCGGCAGCUCCACCGGUGGCGAGGGAUCGCCCGCCUUCCUCUCUUGUUCUCUCCGUCUCCGAGUUUCCCUCUCGGUGGGACUGGCGGAGGCCCAGCAGGCGGCGCGUCCCUCCUUCGCAGUGUCCUCAACUAUUUCUUUCCUUCCUGGAAUCCCGUUCCGCCUUCGCGAGCUUCGUCGGUCGUGUACGAGUCCCAUUCACUGUCUCCGUCCUUCUCGCUGUUCUCUUCUGUGCCUUCUUUCUCUUCGCCGGUGUCUCCUCUCAAGCGGCCGGAAAGGCCCCUAGACGGAGAUCGCCAGGAGGCGCAGGAGUGGCGCACGCGAGCUCAAAGAGCGCACGAAGGAGAUCGCGGAGGAACGGGAAGCAAAGACGGCGAAUCUCCAGGCCGCCCGCCGGGCGCCGCGAAUUGGGAGUCCCCAGAUCGCGUCGUGGCGCACCCCGAAGGAGGGAACGGGGAAGAGCUCGCUGAAGGGGGUUCCUCUCCGCAGCGACGAAGCGAAGCGACGGCGAAACACGGAAGCGAGGGAGAAGACGGCGUGCCCCGCUGUGAAGAAGACUCGAAACGUGGACAGCGUGCGUGUGGGACGCGUUCGCCUUCGUCUCAUACGCCGAGAAUGCCCCCGCCGCGAGGCGCCGCUGUCUCUGCCGAUCCGAAGGAGCCGCGCCCGAGGCCUUCUGGCCCGUUCCCGGGCCUCGAGCGCCUGUUCUCUCGCCGUCGCCCUUCGCCUUUCCGGCCUGAUCCACGACUUCCGCGCUCUCCUGCGCCGUCUCCUCGGGGAGCCGCCCCGGAAGAGCGGCGCUCCACAGUGGAGCCCCUGUCGCCGUCGGCUUCGUCCUUUCCGUCGCCUUCCGCACGCUCCACCUUUCCGGCUUCUUCCUUCCCCUUCCCUGCGUUCCUGCCUCAAAACACGAUUCUCGAAGAUCUGCUGGCGUGGGCAGAUCGCGGCGGGGGAGCACAGGGUCUCGCGGCGGGGGAGCACGUCCCGGGCGCGAGUGGAACUGGCGAUAACUUCGAGGGGACUGCGUCGUUUCUCGCUUCUUCUUCGUUGUCUCCGAUUCUGCCGCUCCUCGCCCAAAGACGGAACGGAGAGGCACCGUCCGACGCCAGAGACGGCGCCAAGGCUCUCGCGCCGGUCGUGGCCGCAACUUUCGCCCCGGAGCGAAGCGCAGCUGCGAAGCUGGCGAGCGAAGCAGACACAGCGAGUCUCGCGACGCGGGGAAGUGCCCUGAGUCAACAACAGCAGCAGGAUCUUCUCCAGCUCCUCCUCCAAAACCUCCCGGUGGCUGCCGCCACCGCCAGUGCGAGUCUCUUCCCCUCAGGGUUCCCUGCCUCUCGUGGCGUCGUUGAGAGCCUGGCGGCGGACCUUUCUGCUCCGUCGCCGGCGCCUGCUUCCCAGAGCAAGUCAGGGGCUUCGGGCUCCGUCUCCACGUCCUCGUCUUCUGCGCCGAAAGGAGCGGCGAAGACCGCUGCGGCGUCCGCGUCGCAAGGCGGCGACAAAUCGAGUUCUUCAUCUGCUCCGAAAGAAAGCGCACCCGCGGCCUCGGUGUCUUCCCCCAAGGGCAGUGGCCACGUGCUGUUGACUCUCGUCGAUCGCAUGAAGGCUGCGGAGAGCCAGGGCGCUCAUUUGAAGGAAAAACUCAACGAAGUGGUGCUCUCGCUCCACUCGAAUCAACAGCAGACUCUUCAACAAGCUGUGCUUCUCCAACUUCUUCUGGAACUGGUGUCGUUCCUGUACAUGCGUCUCAGCAAAUUUGACGUCAUCGUCCCUCGUCUCCCCUUCCUGCUCGACUUCUCCGACUCGGGAGCCGCCGCUGCAGCCUCCUUCGCAGCCAAAAGAACCACGGCCCUCAAGAGUGUCUCUUCAGCUUCGGGCGCGGUCGUAGGCGAUGGAGACACCCCCGCGGGCCAGACGGACACUGGGCCCCAACAGAGGGCAUGCUCGGGAAACGCUCGCGACUUUUCUCAGGCGAAAAAGACGCCAGGCCUCGACUCAGAUCUCCUCUCUUUCAAGGGAGAAGGCCCGAGCGACGGUGGAGGGCGAGAUUUCUUCGCAUCGGUGUCCUCGCUCUUUGGAGGGAACGAAGAGGCGGACGCCGCGCGUCCCUCGCCGUGCGGGGGUCGGAGACGAUGGGGACAGCGCAAAGGGACGCGACCGUGGAGCCCCAAGAAACGCGUUCGCACGACGAGAAAAGAGGGUGCCAGGUGUGGGGGCACCAGAAACGGUGAAGGCAGAGAAGAAAGCGGAGGAGAGAAUGCGUGUGUUGAAAUGGACGCCGAAUCGAAGACGAAGGACUGUGUUGGGUUCGAAGAAGGGGAAGGCGACAGCACCUUUGGGAGCGACGAGAGUGAAGAGUCCUUCUCGACCACUGCCUUACGUUUUUUGACGUCAUAUCUUGUCACAGCUUUCUCCUACUUGGCGAUUCUGACGGAAGAGGCGUGUUUCGUGGUUGUGGCCCCCAUGCUCGACGCGUUCGCGUCCUCUGCCUCGACACCCCAAUCGCUCUCAACCUCUCAGGGCCGGAGUUUCUGCCUUCACAUGACGGAAACCGUCACGCGUUUCCUGGGCGCGGCGGCGACACUCCACCAGAACAUCUCGUCUUCGCUCAUUGAGUGCUGGCGACAAGCAAUCAAGUGGGACCACGCUGGGGGGUUGUCUCCGGGGGAUGGAGAUCCAACUGAGAAGGGGCCAAACCCGCUGUCUCUCUUCCUUCUCCUUCUCUUUCUCCACUUGGCGUACGGGGUCUUCAUUUUACGGCUCUUCUCGAAAAGAACAAACGAGGCGGCAGCGCGAGCGGAAGCGGCGGUCCGCGAAUGCGAGGCGUUGCGACUGUCUCUAGCGAGUCUCCUGCGGGCGCCCACGGGGCCCGAGGGACACCUUGGGCGGGGCGUGACAGCGGGGAGCCUCGAGAUGGAGAGCAGCGGGAGGAACACAGGUCAGAGCUCGCUUCGCCAGGAGACAGGAGGAGAACCGGGCCGUUUUGCAGGUCAAGAGAACGGCGCAGUGGAGCGGGCGCUCGGACUCGGCGACCGGAAAGACGCAGAGAACGCGGAGAAGAGAGGCAUUGUGGAAGGCGAAGCCGAAGAGCGCACGCCAUUGAAAACAGAGACGCUUCCCGCACUAGCCGCGUCAGAUCGUCCGCAGGAAGAUCAUGUGUCACGUAGUCACCCCGUCUCGGCGAGGAGGGAGUCUCGAGGCUACGAGCGCUUCCGGUUGGCCUCCUUGGCUCUCAAGCGUGACACCAUGAAGUGGGAAAGACACCGAAACGACGCACUGGAACAGCGGCGACAGUCGUUCGAUCUCUCGUACGCAGCAGGCUCGGCGCGCUCGUCGCUCAUCCACCCUCUGUGGCAGAGGAAAGAAAAACUCACUCUUGUCCCUCUGAAGAAUUUCCCCGCUUCCCCUCCCGUGGACGGUGAAAAAGACCCUGAGCCGGGCGUCGCCGACCUCCGUCAGCAACGCCGGACACCCGCGAGGCCUUCUCCGGGCGUCGACCUGUCGCCUGCCGUUCCUUUCGAAGACCAACGAAAUCUCUCUCGCAGGAGCGGUUCGUCUUGUUCCUCUCGCAGUGGAGGCGCGGCCUCGUUCGGCGACGGCAGGGCGUGGGCUCCAGGGGGGACCGAGGGACGAGUCGCAGGACCGUCGAGCGUCUCGCACGGCAGUCAGGCGCCAGGAAACGGAACUCGCCUGCCGUUGUCUGAUGCGACACACCGAGACGCCACGUGGAGGGAGGAUGCAGCCGUUGCGUCUCCGAGUGAAGUGAAGAGCGGCCGUGUUGCUUCACUCUCGUCCAGGGAAAGCUGGACGGGGUCUGUGCACUCGUCUGUUCGCGUGUCGCCUUCGCCGGCUCUGCCUUUCUUCAAGCACAAACGACGCACCAAUACGAGUGGAAACCUCGACGGGAGCCGACAGAGUGGCUGGGGCCUGCGCGCAGCGUGGUCGCCUGCAGAAGGGAGCAGAGGGGGCGACCGAGGGGGAACGGAAGAGAAAAAAGGUGAAGAGAGAAAGGCGUCGCACAGGAAAACCUACGGCGGCCAGUCACACGGAAACCGGAAGGCGUUCAAGCUCCAGAGACACACCGUCAAAGGACUGUCCGGAUCUUGUGGCUGUGUAGCAGCUCCUGGAGCUACAGGACUCUCCCUGGUUUCCUCGGAUUUCGCGGCUGAAGUCUCCCCCGCGGGCGGCAGUCUUCAGGCCGUGGCGGAGGCGACGCCUGCGGGGGAGGCGACAAGGCCUGUCCCCGUCGGGUCUCUCUGCGCGGCGCCACCUGGCGACGACGCGGCUAGGCGAGGAGACACCGGGGCGGACCGGACAGCUGGAAGGGUCCAGCCGGCGUGGGGUGUGCGGGGAGUCGCAAAAUCAGCGAACAGCGAGUCUUCAGAUCCUCGCUCGGAAGUCAAGACUGAGAGAGCAGAGCACGCGAACGGGUUGCUGUAG